CGGGGAGCUAGCUCUACCGAGUCAUCCAGCUUAAAACUUUGUUGCAGCUUUUGCUCUAUUCCAUGUUGACAAGGCAGCCCUGGCAGCCCAACUCAAUUGGUGUCAAGAAGGGGGGCUAAUCCCUGAUGAUCCGUCGAAGCACUUCCGCUCAGAUGUGGGGUGACCUCAGCCAAGAUUUUGCUUGUACCUGAAUCAAAGGCCAGACUACCAGCUUGAGCUUCCCUGUACCGAUCAUAUUUUUGACUCACAGAUUUGAUCUGCACGAGAGCUUGGCGAGUGGUUGGGCAGGGAGGGAGAAAAAGAAUAAAAAAUAAAUAAAAAAAUACACUUAAGGACAAGGCUGACGCUGACUUUGGCAAAUAUUGCAAACAGCGUAUAGUCCGAGGAGAAGCUCGCAUUCGGGCACUUGAAUUGACGUGUUCAACCCGCGUGCCGAAGCUGUCCGCGCCAAACAAGGACGCACGGUCGGGCGCAUGGAUGUCAAGCAAGCAGUGCAAAUCAACGGGUUUUGCAGGCUGACAGGCAGGGUCAAUCCUAGAUCGCUAAAACCAAAAACGUUCUAAAGCAGCCCUCCACUGCCCGAAUCGAGGAACUUCAGACAAAGACCGGGGCCGCGCAUGCUGCUGCACGAAAAUCGAAGAAGAAACAAAAAAGCAGGAGAGUACAAUUAGAGCCAGGUGGCCGGCUUUUUUUAAGUCAAUUAUAUACACGUUUCAAUCAGUUGGUAUACUACAAAAAAGCAGCGUCCUUGACUGUUUCCUGGUUGGCUUGGUCCCUCGGUUGUUGUCCACGAUUGAUGACCUGCCUUAAUUCAGGGCUGCUUCCCCGGACGCUCAUUGGGACUAUCUGUCAGGGGUAGGCGAGCAGUGACGUGUGGCAUCUCUGGUGGACCGUGACAGCGGAUUUUUUUUGGCACGGUUGGAUUUGGGCAAUGACAGCGCGAUUUGCGCAAUCCCCAUUUCUGCCCGCCAUUUGACAGUGGUCAGAGCCAAAGGGGAAAGAAAAAAAGUUGCUUGCACUGGCACUCACCGACUCUGCAACAACAACUUCACCGUUUAAACGCCUCAGAGACGCCUACCACAAACAGCAAACACAAGCCAGCAUCUUUUGCUUUCGAAAAUAGCGCGCGCCGGCGAAUUGAUUUAUUUAGACCACCUUUGCCCCGGCUUGCCGGUCGCAUUCCCAUCGCUUGAACGCCUCACCACCAAAGUCGCCCAAACCGCAUCAACCUCUCCAAACUGUCACCAUGGUCUUACUGGAGGCGACAGCGCCCGCAAUCAAGGGCCCAGCCCUUUUCGGGAUGCCGAUGAAGCAGGUGUCGCUAAUCACGCUCACAUUUCAAAACUCGGCCUUGAUCCUCAUACUGCACUACUCGCGAAUCAUGCCACCAGACGGUGACCAUCGCUACUUCACCUCGACCGCAGUCUUUCUCAAUGAGAUUAUAAAACUUGCCAUAAGCCUGACCUUUGCUCUCCUCGAGCACUCGCGCAGCUUGGCACCUCAGACCCCAGCUACAGUGCUGUUCGAACAGUUGUACAACUCGGUGUUUUCGGGGGAUGGGUGGAAGCUCAUUAUCCCAGCGGCGCUGUACACGCUGCAAAACACUCUGGUCUACGUGGCUGUGGGAAACUUGGACCCGAUACAUUUCCAAAUUCUGUACCAGCUAAAGAUUCUUACGACCGCCUUCUUCACGGUUGUUAUGCUGGGCCGAUCUUUGUCUGCAAAGAAGUGGGUCUCGUUGGUUAUAUUGACCAUCGGCGUCUCGAUCGUGUCUCUGCCGUCGUCGAGCUCCGAGGACUCGAGACUCAUAAUCCAUGACUUUAGCGACCACUUUUUCCCUCGCUCAGUCCACGAGCUUGGCCAGAUCGCCAACGGCGCGGCCGAGGUCGCGAGAGAGCUCACCAAGCGCGCCUUGGACGAUUUCAACGAGGAUGGUGUCAUUGGUACCAUUGUGAAGCGAUCGGCCACGUACCAGGGAAUUAAGGAGGACCUGGACACGACGCCCAUCAUGAACUACUCAAUUGGGCUCGGCGCAGUGCUGGUCGCCGCGGCCGUGUCCGGCUUGACUGGCGUUUACUUUGAGAAGGUUCUGAAGGAUUCGGCCACGCCCGUCUCGGUGUGGACUCGCAACGUGCAGCUGUCCUUCUAUUCGCUUUUCCCGGCUCUGCUGCUGGUCGUUGUCAAGGAUGGCGCUGACAUUAUCAAGCACGGCCCUCUCGACGGCUAUAACUGGGUCGUGUGGACGGCCGUUGUCCUGCAGGCUGUCGGAGGCGUGCUGGCUAGUCUGUGCAUCAACUAUGCCGACAACAUUGCUAAGAAUUUUGCGACUAGUAUUAGCAUCGUGAUCAGCUUCCUUUUCAGCGUCUGGUUCUUCAACGUCAAUGUCAAUCUGGCGUUCUUGCUAGGGACUUUCUUCGUCAUCCUGGCGACGUACCUCUACAGCGGCCCCGACCGCAAGCGUAGCCGCCCGCCACCUAUCAGCAUCGUCAGCUUUGAGAAGACGACUAUUGAUAUGACGCCUCAGCCGACUUCGAUCGACGAAAAGCGUCUGGACCCGCUAGAUGCUGUCAAGGCCAUGGGCCUGUCGACAUCGCGUCCUGCUUCGCCCUUGCGGCACCAUAACAGGGUUCCCUCUGCCCGAGGCAAGAACCGCGACGAAUGAUGAAAAUGAAAAGUUUCUUUUUUCUGCAUCCUGCAUGCGGUGGUUUUUGUUUUCUCUUUUAUUAUACAUCAACAUCCUUCGUAUAUGGCGACGCGACCAUCUCCAUAGGAUAUAUCGGCACAUUUGGGGGGAAUGAUUGGCGAUUCAGGCGGCAGGCGUUUAAAAACAUUGGAAGUGACAAACAAAGGCUUUUUUAUUUCAUUAGGACGACUCUUGCUUGAGAUACAACCCGGUUGUGAGUUUCUCGGGUCAUUCGGCCUUGGGGGCGCAGUGUCGAGGUGGAUUCAUGACGAGGGCGAGGGCUUGGCCAAGACUAGACCCGAUAAUGGGAACGGUAGCAUGGUCGUUCGUUUAGACUCAGUGGCCAAUUAAGCUGUGGCCCUUAACAGACCAGCUAUGCGAUGGGAGGAGAUACAGCUAGAAGGAGUUAGGAUGCUGCAUGACAGCAAGAUAUUUGUAGGUCUACAGGCCUGACUCUUGAGCCUAGGUUGGUAGCAUCUACAGAACAUCGGGCGUCUAUAAACACAGAAGCUCCUCGAGCUCAUUAUGACUGUGAGAUGGCCUAAUAACGUCAAGACAUCCCUCCCAAUGAAAAUAGAUCAAGGCAAAUAUCAAGCUUGAUGUUAGCAGAAAUGAGCCAAUGUGCAGGCCAAGGCGAGGAAUCCGUAUUUGAACAACCACAAGGCUAGAGCUACUCAACGCUUUUCUAUUUAAAAAACAUAUUACUGUG